GAUAAAAUUGUUGAAAACAUUCUAAUGUAAAGUUGUUGAAUGGAGUGCACAAAACCAAAACGAGUGCUGAAUUAGAAAUAAAAUCAGUUUGAACAAAAUUUAAAGCCCGAAAAGGGUGGGGGGAUUCAAAUUUAGUGUUAAUCAAAUGACAAAAUGUUCUUGGCUUUAUUUAUUGUAAAUUAUUUUACUCAUUUUUAAACAGUCUUCCUGAUUUGAUUUUAAGAUUUAUCUAACUGAUUCCUUUUGUUACCUGGCUAGCAGGGAAAAGGGGUCGAGGCCGGUCCUGACCUGUUACAAUGAAGACUGACUUGCUAAGUGGGAUUACACCAGAAGCUUGCAGUGGAGUAAUGGUAAGGAAAUCAAGCAACCUUAAGUAUCGCGGCUGUAUAGGAGCAAAUUAUUUUGUAGAAGAUUCUUCGUGCGAAGAUCAUGGAAUCAAAUAUGGGACACUUGGACUUUGAUAUGAAUUUCUAUUAAGUUUUCUCUGCAGUGCAAAUUAUAAAUCUAAAGCUAAUAUUUUUCCCAAUGUGUACAACAAAUUCUUUAUCUCUAGCAUGGCCUCUUAAAUAAUGAAAUCUUCUUAAAAAUGAAAAAACAAAACAAAAACAUCUACUUAAAGUAGACCGUUCCCUGGUGUUUUUAAAAUGGAUUCCAAAAGUGGUAUUCUCUUAUCACACUGAGAAAUCUAGUGCAGUGAUAGGUGAAUAUCACAAUUGGCAUCCUUAACUUUUUAUUUCUGCUCAUGAAGGGUUAAUCAUGGUUGUCUAUAUAGUAAUCACUUUGAAAUGUGUUCAGAUACAGCAGUUUCAGGUGUAAUCAUCAGAGCUGGUUAGUCAGGCAUUCCAGAUAGUGGUUCUUUUCAGAACCUUUUUUAAAGGGUUGGUUAACUACCUCAGUAGCAGAGGAUUGAACUAUACCCUAUCUGUACUGUACAUAGAAAUUUUUUGUAGAUAAAAUCAAGGCUUGUUUAAUUAUGACACGAGGGUAAAAUAUAUACCAAAUGUAACAUUCUUAGUUGCCUUUAAUUUCAGAGGCUUUGUAAAAGAAUCCCUCCUGUUCAUCAUAACAGGCCUUGUUUUUGUCGUAUUUUGUGGCUGAAAAAGCAGCCUUGCUUCUUCAGAUAUUGUAGUUAUUUGGAUGUAUAAUAGUUUAGCAAGAUGUUACUUUUUGUAAGACAUCAAAUGUUAAAAAAGUGCAUCAGCAACUUGUACUAAAUACUGCAGUGUCCCUUUAUAAAAGGUCAGACUAAAACUGACAACUGUACAGUGAAGCCUGACAUUUGGAUAUUUUGAAGUUUUUCAUAAAUCAUAGAAGAUAGUAUAUGGCUGUAGUUUAGCUUUUUAGGUAAAGGUAUGUUUUCUCAUUAGUGCAUUUCUUAUUGCUGAUUGCUGUAAAAACAAGCAGAUCAGCUUUCCAUUUUCUCUUUAUGCAGAUCAUGAUAACCUGUAGAGUAGAAUACAAUCAUUUGUGCUAUGUUUUAAUUUUCUAAAGCACCUUGAUGACAGUGAGUGUUAAGUGGUGAAGCAUCCUCUAUUGAAUCACCCUUCCAAAAAGUUCUGUCAAGUCUAAAUAUGCAUAGGUAAGGUAAAUAAAACUAUGAUUUAAUAUGGGCUUGGCAGAAAGAGCUUCCCUUAUACCCUUCCCAAAGGGAUACUGCAGUUGUUACAUACCCGUAGGCACCACAAUAAGAACUGAGACACCGAAUUAAGGUUUUAUACACACCAGUUCCCCAGUAAAUGAAAAAAAUUAACAAAAAUAGAUGUCAUAUGUUAAAUGCUCAUUGCAAACAAUCAUUUUGCAUUCCUGCAAAUAAAAUUGUUUUAUACUGUAAGCUGGAGGCAAGUGUAACUUAUUUUUGUAAUAAAGUUUUUAUUUUUUUUAUGUGUCAUUAAUAUAAAUGUGUGUUAGUGCAGAAAUAUUCUGGUUUAAAAACUCGUGCGCACACAUUUCAGUAUGUUUACUUGUAUUUACAUUUUUUAGAAUAGUGGUUUCCAGUAGUCUGUCUCUCACAUUAAUUGAAUUUUUGUUACCUUAAUAAAUCAUUUUAGUAUAUUGUAUGUCAAUUACUGGGAUAGCUGGGACAUAAAGUGUAAUUUAAAAUUUGUCAAGUAUUCAUGGGAAUAUGUAAAUGUGCCUUGCUAGAUAAGAAGGAACUAAGUGGCUGGAUGGUAAAAAGUCACUGCUUAAUGAGACACUUGCUGCCACAGUUUCAUAUACUGCCCAUGGUAAAGUUCUACUUUCCAUAUUUGAGUAAGAAACAUGAGUGUUGCAUCAGCUUCUGAAAUCUUAAACUUGAUAGGAUGAGGCUUAUGGAACGUAGGUUUGCUAAAUGUAGCCUUAAAUACAACUUUGAUUAUAUUGUAAUCCUUGGUGCUGGCAGUCCCAGUGCCAAGGAGGUUUAAAUGCUCCCUUCAAUGAGGCUGUUGUGCCAACUGGCAUCUUUACUGUCAUAGUCUUAUGAAGAACACUGUCAAGGUGUUUAUGCCAAAUUUGAUCUGAUAUCUAAUGGAGGUGUAGGAAGAGGGAGAAACCUUCUGACUAAAUCUUCCACAUUUCUCCCAUUGCUGGAAAACAAACUUCUUUUGGGCUUUCAAGCAUCACUAAUUUUGGCUCGGGGAAGAAAGGAAAUUUAAAAAUUCGCGUUUUUCAGAAUUGUGUACUCAGUCAAUGCAAAUGCAAAAUGAAAUUUGACAAUAUGCAAGAUAAAAUUGAGGUCAGAUGGUCCUCAAUUUCAGCUGUAAAAAUUGUUGGGUUGUGGGGUGCAUGUUAAAAUUGACUGGAAGUGGUCUGUAUAGUUUGUAAAGCAAUGGUGAGUAAUAAGUACCAGAAUCUUGACAGUGUUCUUAAAUAAUGAUGAAUUCAAGCCAUUAUGACUUUUACAAUUAAAUAUUAUUUGCACUGUUCUGACAUUGGUGCAGUUUUUUUAGCAUUAUAAUGACAAAGCGACAGUAAAAUGCAUGUGGAAACUUGUAUUGUGAAAAACGAUAUUUUAAAAAGAAAUGUUAAUAUUGAAAAUUUUAAAACAAUAUGUGAAGGGAAUAAGCUUUCACAAUUAGAAACUAAAGGUGCUGAAUCAUGAUUUUAGAUUAUCUUUGACUGGUCACUUUAGGUGUUGAUGUUACAGACUACAUCAAGCUUUAGUGAAGUUAUUGGGACAUGAUGCUUAUAUGGAUAUCAUACAUUAUAUUGGCAUGGUAACACAGAUUUACUGUUACGUUGUAGCAGAAAUUCUGGCGAUAUUCAGUUCUGUGCUAGCUUAUACUAAUGAGUCUACAUAUGUUCCAGAACUGAUGAAGAUAGUUUAUGCUAGUUAUUACUACAACUUAAUUUUUCUCUUUAAGAUACAGACUAUUUCCCAUGAACUUGUGUUGACAUAAUUAUUCCCAGCUUUGCAUAGAAUGCCAUUCAGCGUAAGUAAAGCUGAUAGCAAUAUUUCUGGUGAGGACUGGAGAAAAUAAAUAAGCAGGGGUAUGUACAUUUGAUAGACUUUUUUUAUAGAAAGUGACUUGAGCUGACAACUAGUUCAGUUGCUGAAAAGAGAACAGAAGUGCCUUAAAGGCAUUGUGAAAUUCCCUUUUGUCUAUAAACAAAGAUAAUUCCUUUGGAAAGCUUCAAAAAGCUUUUCUGUAUAUUUUACAUUCCCUGUACAUAUGCUUUUCAUAUUCAGUUAUGUUAUAUGAAGUAGAUUGGAGAGAUAGUUGUAAACAUUUCAUAUUACAGUACAAGCUAAACACACCCUGGCUUGAAAACAAAAUGUGAAUCUUGUACAAAUUGAAUAGUAAUAUGUUCGUAAUAUGUUAAGUAACCUUUGAUCGAGUAAAGAGAUUGCAUGGGCUGUUUGCAGAAAUGUGAAGCUUCUCUAACUUUGCAAUUCUGAAACUGACCCAACAGGGGUCUUCUACACUGGCUUUGUUCUGAGAUUAGAGGAUAAAAGCUGAAGGUGACUGGCUGGAUGCUGCAGUCUUCAUCUUGCACAUAAAGUUGUGGCUGCUAAAACAGAGGUCUUUGCCAGUGACCUGAGUACAACUGUGCUGCCACUUAGUGUGCCAAUAAAACUACUCAUUUUUGUAGCCAUUAUAUCACUGGAUGAAAGCCCCCUUCCAGCAAAACGUUAGGAUAAAAGGAGGGUUCUGCUUUCUGAAAAUAUUACAUGUUUGGAAUUCUCUGAAGAGAUGUAGUAAAGGAAGAACUGAACUAAUAAGAAUUGUUGGAACAAGCAUUCCUUUUGGGACAUUGCUCAACUUAAAUGAAAUGAAAUAGCUUCAUUAUAUAUAAAGAGGCAUGUUAUUCUAAUAUUUAAAUAAGAGAAUUGCCUGAAGAUGGUGGCACGAUUCUCUGCUGUUCUGGAUGCGUGGCUCAGGCAAAGGAUUACAGGUAAGCAAGUACACGAGGCUUGAUUCAAAGCUGCUUAUUCCUCCAGAACAGAUGGGGGUGGGCAGACUGCAGAGGGAGUUGGCAAAAAUUGCCUCCAUUUAUGGAUGCCUCCCACUGGAGCAAUACUUCUAGGAGGACCAAUUGGAUUCCUCCCUUUGUUUGGUGAAGCCUCCACUGGAUUUGAGCCUCUUCUGCAAAUGGAAGUAUAUGUGUGUACUGUUUCCUAGUUUCCCCUUACAUCCUUUCACAGUGCCUCGCACUAUUCUUGAGAAGUCCCUCAAUCCCAGAAACGAAUUUUAAGGAAGAGGAAGCUCAGGCCAAGAGUACAAUGUUCUAGAAGCAGAAGUCUGGAUAUGAUCAUUUAAAAAGUAUGCAAAAUACACAAAUCAUAGAACAUGAUACAUAUUAUAAGAGUCAUACAAAACUCAAUCAGAACAAUAUAC